UUUCAAGCUGAUCUUAUUAGGAAUGCAUUUGUGGGGCUUUUAAGUUGUAUGUUGGUAGCGCGGGUGUGUGAUCCAAGCCGCACCGCUUGCUCAUGUUACGUUCCAUUCCUACUCUUGGGAGUGCCCUGUUCUGGAAGACUCCGUCAGUGCUGGGGUUUGAAACGCAGGAAUGAGGGGGGCUUCACACCUACGAAGGACGCAUCACUGGUGGAAUAUUUUGUUCCAGUGUUGGUUGGUGCAGAAAAUAAAACUCAAAAACGUAUCACAAAACAAUAGGUUAUUCAAUGUCAUACUGAAGUUUGUUUAUGAAUUUAAAAAUAAUGCCAAAUGUUUACACAAGGAAGUGAAGAAAACAGUCAUAACUAUCUCCAGUAUAUCAGUGUUGAGUCAUUGCAUUAUUGGAAACAGUUCGCUCUGUCUCAACACGCCAGGCAUGUUCACUGAAAACAAAUGUCCCUGAACAGCACUGCCACGACGCGCCAGCAGAGGGCAGUGAGGCGUGGAUCCGGCCCCACGGGUUACAGGAAUGAAGAUUUCUCGCUCUGGAUCCUCAGGGAUUCUACCAGCUGCAGCGUCACUGACUUCAAGAGGGGCGCGGAGGAACAAGCACCACCUCAGUGAAAGCUAGUGAUGCACUAGCCGGUGUUUUACGUCGCUGCUCAGGUUGCUAGGAUACGGUCGAUGGUGCUGGAAGUUGUACGUCAUGCUUGGAAGUGAGUCGUUUUAAUCAGCAGAACCGCGUGUGUGCGUCAGCGUACACAGCACGUGUAAUUAAGGGCUGGUUUUACACAAAUAAAAUAAACGCGUAUGCUAAAUGACGCCUUGUCAUGAUGCCCCGUUAUCCCAUUGUGCAUACAAUAUAAAAUCAGGUAAUAAUAAUAAUAAUAAUAAUAGCUGGUCUCCGAACCCCGUUAACUCGUCGCUUGAUCUGAACUCUGGUCUCCGCCCCCGCGUGCUGCACAACACUCCCUAAUUAAGACAAACGAACAAGAGCUAAUUUACAAUGAAAGAAAGACCCGUGAUCCACCACACCCGGGUACACGCGUUUCUUGCGCGGUUAUUUGUUUAGUUAGUUAGUUUUGAGUACGUGCAAAAUUAAUAUUUUACGUUGUUUGUAUUUGUUUUAAUUCCUCGUGUGUAAGUUUGAACCCGUACGAUGACAUCAGCGGAGGACCUGGAGAUGCGUCAGAAGCAGGAGGCGGAGCUUAGCGCCUUCAACAAGUUCCUUGCAGACCUGCCAUUUCUCAACAUCCCAGACCUGCGUGGCAAACUGGAGAGACUGAAAUGGAAGUUCAUUGAGCACGACCCCCAGCACAGCGGUGAGAUCGACCUGCUGGUUUUGGGGUGCGUGGUGCAGGAGUUGGGGUCCCCCAGGACGCAGGCAGAGCUCACAGCGCUGGUGCAGGACCUCACAGGGAACCACGGCAACAACAUCCCAUACCGCGACUUCGUCAUGGUGAUGCUGGGCCGCCGCUCCUCCAUGUGUGCGCGGAUAAUGCGCUGCAGCGGCGUCGGCUGUGUGGAGGGUAAGAAGCCUUGUCUGAUCUCCGCUGCCCACCCCCCGGGCUCUCCUGUGGGCGCGCUGCCCUCCCCUCUCUCCCUCCUGCCCCCUCCCCCGCCCCCCUCCCCUGCUGACGGGGCCGUCCCGGUGUUCCCCCCCGCCUGAGCCCCGAGGAGGGGGGUGAGCGUCACUGUGUCUGUCUAAAUACUGAACAUCUGUAAAUGCAAAAUAAAGAGGUUGUUUUUUGAGUACAGAGCUCCUGAGUUAUUAAUGCUGAGCUCCACUUGAUUUUUACAUCUUGACUCUUCCCGUGCUCUGUAAUGAGGAAUGAAAUGAACGUUACCUCCCC